UCCGUUGUUUGUUGGGAGUGUGUUUUCUGUUCUGUUAUUUUGCCCCCACGAAUUGAGAAAAAGCGAACAAAAUUCAACAUAAACCUCAGAGUUUUCUCUCAUUUCCAACCCCCCUUUUGCCUCUCUCUCUCUCUCUCUCUCUCUCUCUCUCUCUCUCUCUCUCUCUAGACUACUACUUUCUUCCCGGUGUUGUGUGAAGAGGAGCAAAGUUGAGGGCUCUCUCUGUGAAUUUUGAAGCCAAAAAUAAGAAAAAGAAAGAAACAAUGCAAGGAAAUGUAGAUCAGGGCGUUGAAUUUCUCUGUGAUUCUCGUCGUUUUUUGCAGUCAAAAAGCUUCAAAAUUGUUUUUCUCUGUAAAGGGGCUUGUUGAAAUCACAUCCCUUUUCUCUUUUUCGCCUUUUGGGUUCUUGGGUUUUGGUUUUGGGUUCUUCUUUCAGCUUGGAAACACUUCUUCUUACGAUCCUUUUUUUGUUUGAUUGCUUUCUUUUUGUUUUUAUGUCGAUUUCAUAAGUCUAUCCAUGUCUUCCGACAUAAGCUAGGGUUUAAUUUUGCCCUUGUUUGAGUGAUCUGUGGUGGGUUUGAGAGAAAAAAGAGCUUUUUCUGAAGUGUUUGUUUGAAAUCCUUCUGUACUUCUGCUGUUCUUAAUGGAUUGUUAUACUUAUACCAACUCUUAUGGAAAUCACUUUGUUAGAAGCUAUAGCUUUGGUGAUGAAAUUUUGAUCAUAUCAUCUUAUUUGUGUUAAAUUUGUUGAAGAAUUCGUGUAUUUGAGUUGGGGUUUUUUUGGGGGUUGUUUGAGUUUAGGGGGAUGGGAACUGAUCGUCUGCUAUUACCAACAGUUGGACCGCCAAUAAAACGGCGAGCAGGGUUGAGGAGAAAGCAGGCUGGUAGAGGUUCGUAUAGGGGAAGCUAGGAAAAUUGGGUAUUUUCAUUUUUCAAGGUGUUUAGAGUUGGGGUUUUUUCAAGGUGGUUUUAGGAGCAAGCCCUAUUUUGCGUAGGGUAUUCAUUUUAGGGGCGUUAGACGAAAUUCUUCAGUGAGAGAUGGGUACUACUGACUUGCGCCAGAUACUCAAAAGCUUUUGUUGCAACUCUGAAUGGAAGUAUGCUGUCUUUUGGAAACUUAAACAUCGGGCUCGAAUUCAGUAGAGGAUACCUAUUUGCUGUCCAGCAAUACCCUUCCCCUGUUUACAUCUUUCUAUUGGGUGCUGACUUGGGAGGAUGGCUACUAUGACAAUUCUGAACAACAUGAACCUCCAGAGGGCAAGUUUUUCAGAAAAACGCUUGAGACAUUUUAUGAUGGGCAUUAUUCGCAUGACCCUCUUGGAUUAGCUGUUGCAAAGAUGUCCUAUCAUGUAUAUUCUCUUGGAGAAGGGAUUGUUGGACAAGUGGCAGUUACUGGAAAGCAUCAAUGGAUUACUGCAGACGAACAAAUACCAAAUUUCUCUUCAACAAUUGAGGUGCUAUACUUUCCUGUUCUGGAAUAAUUUUAAGUUAAUGAAGUUUAUCUUAUCAUUUCAGUACUGUGAUGGUUGGCAAACGCAAUUUUCAGCUGGCAUUAAGACUAUUGUUGUAGUAGCAGUUGUUCCGCAUGGGGUUUUACAGCUUGGAUCUUUAGAUAAAGUAACUGAGGAUGUCAAUCUUGUGACUCGCAUCAGAAAUGCUUUUCUAACUCUCCAGGAGUCUUCAGCAGGGGAAAUUAAGCCAUUGCAUUCUUGUAAAAGCUCAGGAUACGUGAAAGGUGAAGAUGCAAGCGUGAGCAAGAAUGUGGGGAUAGAGUUGUCAGGAUCUGGGGGCUUUGAAUCUCUAAAAACAAAGCCAGAUGCUAUCAAUGUGGAAAGUUUUAAAUCACAAGUGAGAUUGCUUGAUGACAGGAUAUGUGGAGGGGAGCCUAGUGGGUGCAAAGAUACGGCAGUUGGUUUAAAACAAAAAAUCAAUGUACAAUCACAAGACUCCGCCAUGGACAUGCUUAAUAUAUGUGGUAAUUUACUUCCAGCUGAAAAGAUAAUGACGAAUGGUGCAUACUUUCCUAUGAAUCCUCACCCCUCUUCUGUCUAUGAUGGAGUUAAUCACAACGGAAUGUUUACCCGAACCAAUCAUACAGAAAUGUACUUGCAGAAUGAUAUGGAAGCAUCCAAAACUAUUGAUAUGUAUCCAUCAAACGCAUCAUUGAAGUUCCCUGCUGGUUAUGAGCUGCAUGAAGUACUUGGUCCUGCUUUUCUGAAAGAUGCUCUUUAUCUUGAUUGGCAAACAGAGUACGUUUUGGGUGGUAAAGCUUUUGAGUUAUCUGAGGGAAUGAGUGGUAGCCAGUUGACAUCUGAUUCACCAACAGAGCGUCUUCUAGAAGCUGUAGUCGCUGAUGUUUGUCACAGUAGUUCUGAUGUUAAAAGUGACACAUCUCUGUGCAAGUCUGGACAGUCUCUGUUAACAACUGAAAGAAUUCCUGAGCCUUCCACAAAUGCUACAACAUCUGCUUGCUCAGAAGGUUACUCUAUGGGUCAAAGUCAAACAUCUUUUAUUGGAGAGGACAUGCAGAACUCUUUAAGCUCAUCGGGAGUUUGUGGGGUGAUGUCACCAAAAGGGUUUUCGUCGACUUAUUCUGGCACCGGCAGUGAGCAUUUGGACAAGUCAUUGGAACCGGCAAAGAAUAGUAAAAGAAGGGCUAGACCUGGUGAGAGUUCUAGGCCUAGGCCAAGGGACAGACAAUUGAUCCAGGACCGAAUCAAAGAACUUCGGGAGCUCGUACCAAAUGGAGCAAAAUGUAGUAUUGAUUCAUUGCUGGAGCGCACAAUCAAGCACAUGUUAUUCUUGCAAGGCAUUACCAAGCAUGCUGACAAGCUAACUAAAUGCGCCAACAUGAAAUUGCAUCAGAAGGAAAAUGGCAUGUUGGGAACCUCAAAUACUGAUCAGGGAUCUAGCUGGGCUGUUGAGGUGGGCGGUCAACUUAAAGUUUGUUCCAUAAUUGUGGAGAAUCUCAACAAAAAUGGACAGAUUCUCGUAGAGAUGUUGUGUGAAGAAUGCAGCCACUUUUUGGAGAUAGCAGAGGCUAUUAGAAGCUUGGGACUGACAAUACUUAAAGGCAUAACAGAAGCUCAUGGCGAGAAGACAUGGAUUUGUUUUGUGGUUGAGGGGGAGAAUAACAGAAACAUACACAGAAUGGAUAUCUUAUGGUCUCUUGUUCAAAUACUACAGCGCAGUAGUACAAUGUGAUAGCUUCAACUGCUGAACUUUUUGCAACUGUUUGUGUAGAUUCCUUCUGUAAAAUAGUGUGAGUUGCUUGUUGUCUUGUGACUAUUUAUUCAUCUGUCUCCUGCUUUAUGGAGUACAACACUUUUUCUCAGAGAUUCACCCUUCCCCAUACAGCAAAAAUGAAGAAUGAAAAAGAAAAAAGUAAAGAGAGAAGCAAACCAAGUUGGGUUACUCUGACAGCAAACCAAGUUUCUGUGAACAGCAUUAUUGUUUCUAAAGUGUGAAAAAAAAAAACUAUUUUUGGUU